AUAUCCUUGGGUGCGCGCGGUGACUCCUAUUAUGAGUACCUUUUAAAACAAUGGCUACAAACUGGACGAAAAAGAGAUGAUUUUCUUAUUUCGGACUAUAUACGGGCUAUUGACGGAGUAUUAACGAAGCUGUUGCGUCGUACGCCCAAAGAACAGCAUGUCUAUAUUGGUGAAUUAAUCAAUGGGAAAGACUUCAAACCGAAGAUGGACCAUCUUACUUGUUAUCUACCUGGCACAUUGCUUUUGGGACACAAAUUUGGAAUGCCUACUUCACAUUUGUUGCUCGCGCGCGAUCUCCUCGAAACCUGCUAUCAAACAUAUAUGCGGCAACCUACACAGCUGGCGCCUGAAAUAUCAUAUUUUGCAUUGACUGCGAAUGAAGAGCAAGACAUUUACGUGAAGCCCAAUGAUGCACACAAUCUUUUGCGUCCCGAAUUUAUAGAGAGCCUAUAUUAUUUCUAUGCAUUGACGGGCAAUCGUACCUAUCAGGAUAUGGGUUGGAAUAUUUUUCAAGCUUUUGAGAAAUACACUAAAGUAGCUUAUGGUUAUACGUCGAUUGGCAAUGUUAAGCAUGUUUUUAACACAAGACUGCGUGAUAUGAUGGAGAGUUUUUGGUUGAGUGAAACACUUAAAUAUUUCUACCUUUUGUUCAGCGACAAUCGCAAAGAGAUUGAUUUGGAUAAGUGGGUGUUCAAUUCGGAAGCGCAUCUGCUACCUUUGAGAAACCACUAAGAUCAUAAUUGCUUGCUUGUGGAUACGCGGCGUGUGUGCAUCAACUGUAUGUGACCGUGACCAUUGCACCGUUAAUCACUCUCAAUGUAAAUAUUAUUUACACUUAUUUAUACUUGCAUACAAACAUAGUGCGUAUUAUCACGAAACUUGAAUGAAUUGUAUGUACUCGUGAUUUUACUUUUGCGUUUGCGCUCAGGUCGUACAGUGGUCGUAAUAAUUAUAGCCCCAUCACAUUUUGACAAGUUUUAAAAUUUUUUCUUUGUUAUUUAAUUUUGAUUAUUAUUAUAAAAAUAUAAUAGUUCAUU